AUUAUGUUCAUUUAUUCAGUACCGGCUUCAAUCUUUGCAUUGUUGUUUCUUAGAAAAAGUUACAAGCCAUUAAAAAUGUCCUUCACUUACGCUAUUGCAUGGCAAUAACAAGUUGCAAUAAAGAAUAAGUGUACAUGGUAAACCAUGACUUGUGAUAAAAACACUGUGGUAGUCAUUAUUGUUUUUGGAAUACUAUUCCAUCCAUGUAUAAUAUCCUAAUUGUACCGAAAACGAUGAUAUAAAUUACAGAGACAAUUUACAAGUCAAAGGUUAUUCCAACCGUUUUGAUCACUAGAAAACCCUAACCGGCAGAAAUCAGCAUUUCAGAUUACCAUUUGUCUGCCUUGCCAACCAAUUCAGUGGAAUUGUUCAAUUAAGGGGAUACGAACAGUCACGAGGAUUAUUGAACAGUCAGGUGUCAGAGAGGGUCAGUUCGGCAGUCAACCAUCAACACCGGAAAUUCAUCAUGACAUCCAGAAGCAGCCGGUCGCAAACAACACCGAUUAACAUUCGGAUUUACAGUUUAACGAGAAAUAUUCAUUUCUAUAGCUCGGCGAGAAGUAAUUGGGACUGUGAUUCGAAAACCUUAAGACUGAAAGAACAAGUGGAUAAGCCUCUGGUUUUGAUAUUAUCGUGGCUGCAAGCUUCCGAGAAACAUUUGCGAAAGUUCGCAGAGUUUUACAAUGAGCAAGAAUUCGAAGUGUUGGUCGCACACAUUACACCUUGGCAGCUAAUGUGGCCAGUUCUUGGAUCGCAGGCCGUCGCUAGUGACAUCGUGAAAUUUUUAAAAAAUAAUGAUCUCGCCAGAGGAGUUGUUCUACAUGGAUUUUCUGUCGGUGGAUAUCUGUGGGGUGAAUGUCUAGUCAAAAUUAAUGAAACCGAACCUGACAAAGCUGUGCUAGACAAAAUCAAAGGUCAAAUCUGGGACAGCGCAGCAGAUCUCGAUGAAAUCCCUGUCGGUGUUCCUCAUGCCAUAUUGCCAAAAAAUCCUACGCUUCAGGGUGCACUGCGUGGCUACUUAACGUAUCACUUGAAGUUAUUCCACGAGGAAGCCACUCAAUAUUACCAGAAAUGUACCAAGCAGUAUUUCAACGAGCCGGCUCGUUGUCCCGCACUUUUGCUGUUUUCGAAAACCGACCCAAUCGGAACGGAAAGUGCCAACCGUAGGUUGAUGGCCAUGUGGGAUUCAAUUGGCAUGAAGACAACCUUCAAGUGCUGGGAUCGAUCGCCACAUGUAGGUCACUUCCACAAGCACCGUGACGAAUAUAUCGACCAUUUGCUGAACCAUCUUGAUUCGCUCAACAUCACUGGUUAUACUCCCAAAGCAAAGCUGUAACCAAAACUAAUUAAAUCAUGACUUGUGAUUAAAAACUGGCGUUAAAUUGAGCACCGAAAUUACGUUUUUUACUGGCAUCGCAUUGGAAGCUUAUAAAGUAAUUUACCAGUGAAGAUAAAUAUAACGCAUCAAACGAUGAAAACCAGAUCAA